AUGGCGCGCCGCCUCCUCGCCGCCCUCCUCGCGGCGUCGCUGCUGCUCCCGCUCGCCCGCCCGGAAGACUCCUCCUCCGCCACCACUGCGUACGACGAGCUCGGCCUCCGGGGGUUCCCGCGGGGCCUGCUCCCGGCCAACGUGCGGGCCUACACGCUCGACGCCGGCUCCGGGGACUUCGCCGUCGACCUCCGCUCCAGCUGCCGCAUCGUGCUGCCCGCGGGGAGCUACCUCGCCGCCUUCAGCGACCGCCUCACGGGCCGCCUCGACGACCGCCGCAUCUCGGGCCUCGAUGGCAUCCGCGUCAGGGCCUUCUUCCGCUGGUGGUCCAUCACGGGGAUCCGCGCCGACGGGGACCAGCUCGUCUUCGAGGUCGGCUCCGUCUCCGCCAAGUUCCCCGCCCGGGACUUCAACGCCAGCCUCGACUGCCCCGCCCAGGCCGCUUCUUAA